AUGCAUGACAACAGGACCCACCCCCUCCUGGCCCAAGUGCCACUGACAGUAUCCCCUUUCACCAACUUGCCCACCUCUAUCACCCUCCCCUACACCUACAAGGCUAUGCCGUCUACGCUGCCCCCGUCAGCCACUGGCGUCACCUCCGCCACCGAUCCGGAAUCAAGCGAAAAGCCCCGCUACGUCGUCUCGCAGUCAGGCCACGCUGCACAUCCAGAUGACAUCAUCGCGAGUUGUCGCGCCUUGCAGGCGCAUCUAACCAAACUGCAGUCUGACGCGGAGCAGGAACUCCGAGAUCUGGACGACAGGAUCAAGGCGAGGGAACUGGCAGAGAAGCGCAGGGUCGCUCCUGGCUGGCUGGACAGUGAUGCGAGGCUGCUAGAGCCGGAGAGGACGGGUGGAAACGGUGAUGAUGCUAAGGAUCUUAUGACGGGCGAUAUCGCCGGGUUCAGUGCAAGUGAUCAGCUUAGAGGGUUGAGCCUGGCUGCACAACAGGCCGACAUAGGACCAGCUGGUCUGAGCGAAAUGGCUGCGCCAGACGACCAAGGGGCACAGCUGGAUAGGGCUUUUGGCAGCUUGCCUCUCCGGCCAAAAUGA